UGGGAAGCUAAUUGCGGCAGUUUUUUUUUUUUUUGAGUAAUUCAGUAAUUUGUGUAAACCUGCUUGAAGAAUUAGUGUGAUGCUUUAAUAUGGUAAAUAGUUAUGUCGUUAAUCCAAGCAUAAACCACAUUUAUAGACGCAAUAUAAUACAAAUUAUACUGUUGGCCAUUUACUUAUUAAUAACCUAAGACCCUUUAUUUCCAUGUAUUUCCUGUGUGAUUCCCUUAUCUUCAUUUCAUACAGUUCUUCUAGCUGACCACCUAGCUAAGAGCCUUCUCCCUGACCUCAUUAUUCAUCUCAUUCCAAGCUGCAAUGAGAACUUUAAUGCAUGGUUAUCCAAAGUCAGUGUAUUAACUAAAAGUUUGUAUAAACUAACUUUACUCUGGUCUAGAGUUGUCGUGUUUACUUGAUGAAAAAUCAUGAUUUUUUUAAAAAAAGUAUUGAUUUUAAAAUUUGCCUUGGUUAUCCAGCAAUAUGGUGGAUGGAAGGUGACACAUAAGAGAUGAAGGUCCAAAUAAUGAGUGAAAACCUCAGUUGUGUGGAAUCACUUCACAUUAAAGGGGGGCGGAACGGGGUCAAGGGUGAGUCUGGAGCCAGCGACGAUGAGCAGGCCAGUGAAGUCCUGAGUCACUAUAGCAGUGCCAGUGAGAGCGCCUCUGUGCUGGAGGAGGGUGCUGGAGGGGAGCCGGUGGAUGAACAGACUGCGCAGGAAGAGACUGAGGACAAGCUGAAGCAGUGCUUGGACAACCUGAUGGACAAGAGCGCAAAGACCCGUUUGAUGGCACUGGAGAGCCUGAAGCAGGGCUUCUCGUCCAGGAUCCUGUACGACUUCCUGCUGGAGAGGAGGCUCACGCUGUCCGACUGCCUGGAGAGGAGUUUACGCAAAGGAGGCGCAGAGGAGCAGGUGGCAGCAGCCACUAUGUGCGCCUUGCUGUGUGUGCAGCUGAGCACGGGCGUCGACGGCGAGGAGGUUUUCCGAAUCCUCAGGCCCGUGCUCAGCUCCACCCUGAGUGACGACUGUGCCAACGUGGCGGCCAGGCAGAGCUGUGCCACAGCCUUGGGCGUGUGCUGUUAUGUCGCAGCGCCUGAUAACGCUGAGGACCUUUUGAAAUCCCUAAGUCACCUGGAGAGUGUGUUUACCGCUUCGUACCCCAGCUGCGAAGGCGUCCUGCCUGCCCACAAGCCGGGGACGUCGGCACUCUACUGCGCCGCCCUGCAGGCCUGGGCAUUGCUUCUCACCCUCUGUCCAGCCUCUCAUCUCAGUUCCUCACUGGACAUACACUUGCCUAAACUGCAGGCCUGCCUGGAGUGCAAUGAUGUCCACUACAGAAUUGCCGUGGGGGAGACCAUCGCCCUUCUGUUUCAGCUGGCUCGAGAAAUCGAUCAGGAUUUCCAAUAUGAUGACUGCGACAUGUUGUGCGAAUGCCUGAAAGGCCUGGCGACGGAUGGGAACAAGCACCGAGCCAAGAACGACCGGCGAAAACAGCGUUCUAUCUUCAGGGAAGUGCUGCAGUACAUCGAGAACGAAGAUUUCAAUGAGGAGAAGAUUUGUUUUGGUGUGGAAGGCAUCUAUAUUGACAGCUGGGUCCGAAGAAGAACCUAUGACGCCUUUAAAGAGGUUCUGGAAUCCGGAGUGAGAUACCACUUACAGUAUAACCAGCUUUUGAGGGACAUCUUUGAAUUGGGGCCACCUCUGAUACUCGAUGCUUCUGUGAGAGCCAAUAGGAUCUCUCGUUUUGAGAAGCACCUGUACAACUCUGCUGCAUUUAAAGCAAGGACUAAACUGAGGAAUAAAGUUAGGGACAAGCGGGCAGACGUGAUGUGAGAAAGAAGAACUAAGCACAUGCCAUGCGGGCCUUGAAGACAACAGCACUUAGAAGAACAGCAAAAGAACCCUCUUCUCUUCACGUAACACAACAUGCUGCUGCCAAAUACCCUUGACUUCACAAACAAUGCAAAUGUAUGUGUAGUUUUAAAAUUUUUUAACACCACAGGAAAAAUAUCAAGUAAUGGAAAUUUUAAAGAAGUGUAGAUCUUUAUAUGAAUCUCAUGUACAAAUACAUUAUAUUAAUCUCAUGUACAAAUGCAUCAUACGAUAUUAACCGUUUUUGAAUAUUUUACUUUCUAAUUUAUUGAGUGGGAGACUUUUGUAAAAGUUUCAACACACUAAGGGGACAAUGAAAAUGAAAAUAUUUUGUAAUUUUUCUAUGUAUAUUUUGUAUGCUGGCUUGUGGUGCGUUCUUUACAAAUAUGCACACAUGGACAGUACGCAAACACAUAUAUAUAUAUAUAUAAAAUAUGCAUUAUGAAGUGCACCCGGAUUCACAAUUUAAAAGAGAGAGUGGCUGUAUUUUCUAAAUGUAAGUUUCUUGGUCUAGGUGACUUACAGUGCUUUGUACCCAAAGGGUAAGCAAAAUUUGAAAAAUCAAGAAUUAAACUAUAAUAAUAAACAUUGAUUUUUUUCUGCUUUAGGGUUUAUCUGGGGUGGUGAAGGCUGUAAUGGUCCCCCUAAGUUGUCUCUAAACUUUUAAAAUUAAGUCGGUUGCCUCAUUUUAUGACACUUUGAUACAGGAGUUGUUUACAAAGACUGCAUAAAAGCAACUGAAAUAUAAAAUUUGAAAUACUUUUUCUGGUGUCUUUUUUUUAAGUGUGCUAAUUUGUGUAUUGUUUUUGUAGAAUACGCUGAGUGUAAUCCAGAAUGUUGGACCUCUGUAUCAUUUUCUGUCUUGAAUGCUUUGAUAGUUAUUGAACUGAUCGAGCUGGUGAGAGAUUGAAUGAUCUGGCAACAUUCUGCAGGAUUGGAAAAGUUUAUCAUACGUGCUUCUAAAUUAUUAAAUUGUGUUGUUAGACCUUGUAAAGGAACUUCCUUUUAAGCUCAUAUUAUGAAUAUCUGUAAUUCUCUAAUCACUGAUUUUUUUGUUGUUAACUUUUUAAAUUGUUCAACUGUUAAUGUUGAAGCUGAGUUUGUAAUUCCACAGAUCAGCCUGGAUUAUUUAAAACUUUUUCUAUAACAGCAAGAUCUGCUAGAUCGGGAGCCUGCCUCUGUAUGCUACAGCAUUAGUAACAAAGUAUAAACAAUGAUAACUGAAAUCUCUAACCAUGGUGAAAGCAUGCAACGUCUAUCCCACACCAGGAGUCACCAGGUGCACAACUUGUAAAAGGUUACUGUCUAAACUAAAAAUGCCUGAAGCAGCUCAUAUAGGCAGUUGCAUUAACCUCUCAUGGGUUGGCCAGCACUGGGUGGGGUGUCAGCUUAUAUGCUGUCUGUGCUGAGAGCUUCUGGAAAGUUAAUUAAAAAAAAUGUCAGGUUUGAAAGCA